AUGGCACAUAUAAUCAACACAGCGCGUACCAAGCAACGAUCUAUAGUUAUUACAUUACUCGAUCUUAAAAAUGCAUUUGGCGAAGUCCAUCAUAACCUCAUUUACGAAGUCCUUGAAUAUCAUCACGUUCCAAAUCACAUAAAGAACCUUAUCUGCAGUCUUUGCACUGAUUUCCAAACUUCCAUCAUAACUGAACAGUUUAGCACCCCUUCCACUACAGUUGGUCGUGGCGUUCUUCAAGGCGAUUGUCUUAGUCCACUAUUAUUCAACAUGUCAUUCAAUACUUUCAUACAACAUAUAAAAUCUGAAAAAUACCGUCAGCUUGGAUUUUGGAAAUUAAGUGAAAUUGGCAUUCCAUGCAAUCCUAUACAUUGGUUUCAGUUUGCAGACGAUGCUGCUGUCAUCCGUAGCCAAGAGAAAGAAAAUCAAGUACUCCUUAAUUAA